AUGUUUAAUUAUGGGACGACAAAUGACCUCUAUUCUAAAUGUGCGUUUUUUAAAGUAGGUAAAUAUAACCUUGGGACAGACCGCAGCGGGGUACAGCUAUUAAUCGUAAAAUGGAUUGCGUGGUUGCGGAUGUAUCAGAUAUUAAUUUCAUCAUUGAAACUCAGCUGGAAAGUCAGAUUGGACUGGGAUCUUUACCUUUCUCCAAUAUGA